AGUUUUCGUAUUCUCAAUUACAUGUGUAAUUAGAAUAGGACGGCGAAAAGAGAUUUGGAGAUGAUCAACGGCAAGUGAAGAAUGAGAGUUGAAGCUGGCGGAGCAAAUGCUCUUGAACCCGGAGUAUCCUACCAUCUUUAAAACCUAGCAACCUAGUGGUCGACAUGCCAAUAACAACGGAAAGGCAAUCAUCUGCAGAUAGCUUCUCGACCUCAAUUUACCCUCAGCAUGGUCUCCAAGCUGAUGUCUCCACAAGUCGCCAUUAACUCACUGAUCACUUCCACCAUGCCUGAUGCCGAAAUCAAGCCCUUUUACCCCAUCAUAUAUGAUAUCCUCCCAGGUGCCAGCGAAUUUUACCUCAUCGACUUUACGGGAGGAGUUUUCAACCUUACAUUGAACGUGCCUUAUCCGUGGGUCGAGAAAACGCUGGAAUUCAUCAGAGAGACCGCCAAGACAUGCCCAAACACGGCGAUUGUUGGCGUAUGCUGGGGGCAUCAAGCUGUUGCCCGAGCAAUGGGCGGCAAAAUCGAGUUCAAUCCCUAUGGUGACAGGCGAGGUAUUGAAUUGUUGGGAGGCUCCCAGGACAAGAGUAGCAAGAUAGACUUUGCGCUGCUGGAAUUUCACAAGAGACGUGUCGCCCGUCCGGCCCAAAGAUUUGUUCCUCUCGCUGGAGACAGCGAUGCCCUGCUGCACGAGGAGUACAAUAUCAUCACCUUUCAAGGCCACCCCGAGAUGACAGAGGACGUUGGAAUGGCGAUAUUGUAUGCGGAUGAUGGUGCUUAUACCGGCAAUCUGUCGGAGAAGUAA